AUGGCCGCAAAGUAUGAUGACAUUGCUGUAGACCCUGACUUCUACUAUAUGAAGGGCAAUCUGGAACCAGAUGACUUUCGAUCGGAGACAACCUCGAUCGCAUCGACUAUUGCGAAGGGACGGUUUGAAAAUGGCCGAAGAUAUCAAGCGACAAAGGAAGAUGACUAUUGGGGUCCCUCAGAUGAGAAGCAAUUCGAGGCAUUUGAAAUUAGUCACAUAUUGUUCCUCGUUCUAGAUUACAACCAACCAAAUCCUCUCUUCCUCGCUCCUAUAGGCGAUUCGCCCCAGCAUAUUCUGGACAUUGGAACGGGAAAAGGAAGCUGGGCAAUGCAAGUCAAUAAACCUUAUCUCAAGGAAUGCUCUAACGAUCUCACAGUGACGUUGCGGAUCUUUACCCGACAGGUAAUUGGAUUGCGGGCACGGUUUUGUGCUGUUCUGAGACUGACGCGUGACAGCCACGAUUCGCGGAGUGGAUCUGUUUCCUCCCCCGUGACCUGGAUGCCUCCAAAUUGCGUCUUCGAAGUAGACGAUGUACUCAAAGAUUGGACAUGGAGAGAGCCGUUUGACUUCAUUCAUAUGCGUAUGAUGUAUGGGGCCUUUGAUCCAGAGGGUUGGAAUCAGGUGUACAAGCGGGCCUACGAUGCCCUAGCUCCAGGUGGCUGGAUCGAGCAAGUGGAGUUUGAUAUACGAUGCCACAGUGAUGACGGUACCCUGAAGAAAGAUAGCCUGUUAGCCGGCUGGGGUGACAUGUUCAUUAGGUGCUCCGCGCGGGCCGGACGGUCGCUCACAACCCAGGAAACGAUGCGCGGCGCUAUGGAGAAGGCCGGAUUUGUGGAUUCGCAUGAAAAGCUUUACAAAAUACCUCUCGGUCCAUGGGCCAAGGACAAAAUCCUGAAAGAGGCCGGGCAACUUCAUUACGCUCAUUGGAACGCUGCUCUAGAGGGCUGGGCGAUGUGGCUGCUUACCCAUUUUGGGGAACCGGAGCCGUGGACAACGGAUGAGGUCCAGGUUUAUCUAGCCAAAGUGCGUUUGGAGUUGAAAAAUCCAGACACACAUGGCUGGAAUUAUGGUCGUCGUGUGUGGGCAAGAAAGCCUACCGAAAAGGAAUUGAUGGCGAAGCGCGGGCUGAAGUCUGAGCCGUAG